AUGUCAGAUCCAGGCCGAACCCUGAGCUUUGCCGAGCGAAGAGGCAGCACCUUGAGCGAGGAGUUCAUCCUUGACACAUCGGCCUCCAUGUCAGACCCUCGCUUAGCCAAGAUGGCCCAGUCUCGACAUGUGCGAGGGCCGCCAACGCCCAGUAUGUCGACGCCUGCUGCCGAUUUCGACCAACAGCUCGUGGGAUCGCCGCCUCCACCACCCACACCCGCGGCGUCUCCCGGUCCUUCACAUUGUCAGCCAGAUUGGAGUGGCGCGGCUGAUGACGAGGACUUCUUCCUCGCCAAGGUUAGGCAGCACUUUAAGAACUGCUCUGGUCCGCAGCGAACCCGCAUCCUCGCCGAUCUCCUGAAUCUCUGCACCAGUCCGCAACUGAGCUUCGUCCACCAACAUGUCAGCCCUUUGCUGAAAAAAGACCCUUUCACCAGUUUGCCAGACGAGCUGUGUCUACGGAUUCUCUCGUUCAUAGACGACCCGAAAGUUCUUGCGCGGGCAUCGCAAGUGUCCCCGCGGUGGCGCGACCUACUAAGCGACGACAUGACCUGGAAGAAUCUCUGCUUGAAGCACGACUACCGACGUAGAAUGUCCGAGGUGGAGAGCGGCAGCCCUGGAGGUUACAGUCGGCCGGCAAUACAACCACUGACCAACGUCGACUCUGCGAGUUUCCCCGGUGCACUGCCUGUGACAGCGCAUGUGGGGGGUUCGAGAUCGCUCGAUGGAGGCAGUCGGUCAAUACGCCCGAAAAUGAGGUCUUACAAAUCGCAUUUCAAGCAGCGAUACCUUGUGGAUGCGGCAUGGAGAUCUGGUGGCUCAUGCGUCGCCCGGAAUAUAACGCAGGAAGGAGGCGUUGUCACCAGUCUCCAUCUCACCUCCAAGUACAUAAUCUUGGCCCUGGAUAAUGCUAGGAUCCAUGUAUUCGAUACGGAGGGCAAUGCGCUUCGCACGCUACAAGGUCAUGUCAUGGGGGUCUGGGCCAUGGUCCCCUGGGGAGACACGCUGGUUAGCGGAGGAUGUGAUAGAGACGUGCGCGUCUGGGACCUUCGCACAGGACACUGCCUGCACACACUGCGCGGACACACCUCUACCGUUCGAUGCCUUAAGAUGGCGGACGAGAACACCGCCAUCUCGGGCUCACGCGACACCACCUUGCGUAUCUGGGACAUCCGCACCGGCCUGUGCCGUAAUGUUCUCGUGGGGCACCAAUCUAGUGUCAGAUGCCUCGAGAUCCACGGUGACAUUGUCGUAUCAGGUAGCUACGAUACCUUCGCCAGAGUUUGGAGCAUUUCUGAAGGUCGUUGCCUGCAAACACUGCAAGGUCACUUCAGCCAGAUUUAUGCCAUUGCUUUUGACGGAAAGCGCGUCGUGACCGGCAGUCUGGACACGAAUGUCCGAAUCUGGGAUCCUUUCACUGGCGAAUGUCUUGCCAUUCUCCAGGGUCAUACAUCGCUCGUCGGCCAGCUACAGAUGCGUGGCGACACCUUGGUCACGGGCGGGUCUGACGGCUCUGUCCGCGUGUGGUCACUAGAGAAGAUGUGUCCCAUUCACAGGCUUGCUGCACACGACAACAGCGUGACCAGUCUGCAGUUUGACGAUACCCGAAUCGUGAGCGGCGGUAGCGACGGACGCGUCAAGAUUUGGGAUCUGAAAACUGGACUUCUCGUGCGUGAGCUGAUUGCCCAAGGUGAAGCUGUGUGGCGCGUUGCUUUUGAAGCUGAAAAAUGCGUCGCGCUGGCCCUUAGACAAAGCCGAACUGUGAUGGAGGUCUGGACUUUCACUCCGCCUGACGACGUGAUCUUUGACCGGCCGCCGACUAUUCAACAGCGCGUGCUCGAGGAUGAUCCAAGUCGACCUCUGAGCGCAAUGGUGGUUGAUUACACCGAGCCCUCCUCUUCAGGGUCCAGCUCCCAGGCGGCAAAUCAAGACCAGGAUGUCGAGAUGACAGAAGCUGAAGCUGGUCCUUCCACUGGCAACAAGACAGGCCCCUUAUCCGACCUCGCGAUGUUCUCCCGAGCUGCCAGAGUGCCCAGGGCGCUUGCCUCGCGCACCAGGGCUCCUAUUGCCCUUGCGGCCCGUCCUCGCUUUGUUACCACCGACGCUGCCUCUGCGUCCCUGAGCGCCAAGGUGCCCAAGGAUGACAAUGAGACUUUCUCGGUCAACCUCAGCGACGAGAGCUUCGAGACCUACGAGCUCGACCCUCCUCCCUACACCAUUGAUGUCACCAAGGCCGAGCUGAAGCAGAUGUACUACGACAUGGUUGCGGUCCGACAGAUGGAAAUGGCGGCCGAUCGCCUGUACAAGGAGAAGAAGAUUCGCGGUUUCUGCCACUUGUCCACCGGCCAGGAGGCUGUCGCCGUCGGUAUCGAGCACGCAAUCACCAAGGAGGACGACAUCAUCACCGCCUACCGAUGCCACGGUUUCGCUCUGAUGCGUGGUGGCACCGUCCGCUCCAUCAUCGGCGAGCUGCUCGGUCGCCGUGAGGGCAUUGCCUACGGAAAGGGUGGUUCCAUGCACAUGUUCUCCAAGGGCUUCUACGGUGGCAACGGUAUUGUCGGCGCUCAGGUCCCCGUCGGUGCCGGUCUCGCCUUUGCGCACAAGUACAACGACACCAAGAAGGCCUCCAUCAUCCUCUACGGUGAUGGUGCCAGCAACCAGGGUCAGGUCUUUGAGGCUUUCAACAUGGCCAAGCUCUGGAACCUCCCCGCCUUGUUCGGCUGCGAGAACAACAAGUACGGUAUGGGUACCUCUGCGGCCCGCUCCUCCGCCUUGACCGACUACUACAAGCGCGGACAGUACAUCCCCGGUCUCAAGGUGAACGGCAUGGACAUUCUGGCUGUCAAGGCUGCCGUCAAGUACGGAAAGGAGUGGACUGGCGCCGACAAGGGCCCCAUGGUCCUCGAGUACGUCACCUACCGCUACGGUGGCCACUCCAUGUCCGAUCCCGGAACCACCUACCGCACGCGUGAGGAGAUUCAGCGCAUGCGCUCGACCAACGACCCAAUUGCCGGGCUCAAGCAGAGGAUCCUCGACUGGGAGGUCGCCAGCGAGGACGAGCUCAAGAAGAUUGACAAGGAGGCGCGCAGCCACGUCCAGGAGGAGGUCGCCAUUGCCGAGGCCAUGGCUGUCCCCGAGCCCAAGCCCUCAAUUCUGUACGAGGACAUCUACGUCCGCGGCUCUGAGCCCAAGUUCAUCCGUGGCCGCCACGCGGAUGAGGAUUACUACUUCAACCAGUAA